CGCACCCAAAAAACAAAAUGGCAGGUUGUUUGGUUAGAGCACGAUCAGCUUACCGGCUUCUUAAUUCUGGACUCGCAAGUUGUGGUUCAAUAAACAAUGCAACAUAUUUGUUCCGAGACCUAGGAUUCAAAUUCAGUGGAUCAAGCCCGUGUUCCUCUCUGACAAGGGAGGGGAAAGGAAUUCAGCGCCUAGUAAGCAUUGUCGGCAGGCUCAACUACUCUACCACACCCGUAGCGACAGUAGAGCAAGGAAAGCUCGCUGCUAAAGUGUUAACAGAUUCGGAUGCUGAUAUCCAUCGACUAAUUUGUAUAGUUCUCAACGGAAGAAGUGGACAGAACAUUAAAAAUUUGCGAUUGAGAACUGGGUUAGAUUUUGACCUUGAUACUAAAACAAAUCGAGAUCUAAGUCUUCUUGUUCUUGGGGCCGAUGCAGAAGUGUUGAAGAGUGCAACAGAAAAAGUAACACAAGAAGUGAAAAGAAUAAGAAACCGCAUCGAAAAAGUUUUUGUAGAUGAGGAUGUUGUCAUUAGUUAUGGAAUAUAUAGAUGUAUCCUUGGAAAAGAAGGACAAAACAUACAAAGAUUGAGAUUGGAAACUGGAUUAGAUUUUCAUCUCUCCUCUACCAGCACAGACCUACUUGUUCAUGCGACAGAUGCUGAAGUGUUGAAGAGUGCAACAGAAAAAGUAACACAAGAAGUACAACGUAUGAAAACCUGCAUAGAAAAAUUGUUUACAGAUGAGGAUGUUGACAUUCAUAAAAGAAUAUAUAAAGGUAUCAUUGGAAAAAGAGGGCAAAACAUACAAAGAUUGAGAUUGGAAACUGGAUUAGAUUUUGAUCUCGACCCCUUCAGCACAGGCCUACUUGUUUAUGUGACAGAUGCUGAAGUGUUGAAGAGUGCAGCAGAAAAAGUAACACAAGAGGUACAAAGAAUAAGAACCUGCAUAGAAAAAGUGUUUAUAGAUGAGGAUGUUGACAUUCAUAAUAGAAUAUAUAAAAGUAUCAUUGGAAAAGGAGGACAAAACAUACAAAGAUUGAGAUUGGAAACUGGAUUAGAUUUCAAUCUCUCCCCUACCAGCACAGGCCUACUUGUUCUUGGGGCCGAUGCAGAAGUGUUGAAGAGUGCAACAGAAAAAGUAGCACAAAUUAAAAAGUAGAAAGAAUAAAUAAUUGAACUGGAUAGAACAAAAAAAACAUAACUGAACCAUAUUAACACAUUAAAUAUACAGAUGCUCAUUAUUAUUACAGAGUAUCAGGAAUGCUAAUUAAUAAAUGAGAAGAAAU